AAAAUGGCCGACGCUCAAGUUACUCUGCGCACCCGCAAGUUCAUCCGCAACCCCCUGCUUGCCCGCAAGCAGAUGGUCGUUGAUGUCCUCCACCCCAACCGUCCCAACGUCUCCAAGGAUGAGCUCCGUCAGAAGCUCUCCGAGCUCUACAAGGCCGACAAGGACCAGGUCUCCGUCUUCGGUUUCCGCACCCAGUACGGUGGUGGCAAGUCCACUGGCUUCGCUCUCAUCUACGACUCCAACGAGGCCAUGAAGAAGUUCGAGCCCCACUACCGUCUUGUCCGUGUUGGCAUGGCCACCAAGAUCGAGAAGGCCUCGAGACAGCAGCGUACGUUAUGCACCCUUCCUCAUCUCUGCCUCGCACACUGUACUAACACACCCUCACAGGCAAGCAGCGCAAGAACCGCAUGA